GACCCAGCAGUGGGCAUGAAGGCUCUGUUCGACAUGAUCGACAAGCGGCCAAAAAAACUGGUGCUGUUCGGCGCAGCAUGCAACGCCGUCACCGACCCCAUCGCCAAGGCGUCACAGUUCUUCCAGCUCGUACAGCUGACGUACGCCGAUACGCACCCGAUGUACACCCUAGAGAACUACCCGAACUUCUUCCGGGUGGUGCCGUCCGAGUCCGUGUUCAACCAGGCCCGGGUCGCUCUGCUCAAGCACUUCAACUGGACCAGGGUCGGAACGCUCUACCAGACCAAUCCACGAUACGCGCUGCCGCACAGCCGUCUGCUGACAGUGCUUGACUCGGCGAACAUCCAGAUCGACGAGGUGCAAGGCAUCGGCGAGGGUGACGACAUCGAGCACGAACUUGAAAAGCUCAAGGAAAAAGACGUUCGCAUUAUUUUGGGCAACUUUGACGAGUUCUGGGCCCGAAAGGUCUUCUGCCAGGCCUACAAGAUGGGAAUGUACGGCCGCAAGUACCAGUGGCUCAUCGGAGCCAUGUACGCCGAUCGCUGGUGGGAGACGCCGCAGCCGGACGUGUCAUGCGAGCCGGCGCAGAUCGUCGAAGCCGUGGAGGGCUACAUCGGCACCGACCUGUUGCCCCUCAGCACAAGCGAGAACAUUACCGUCUCCGGCCUGACGCCGACGGAGUACGAGGCCGAGUACAACCUGAUGCGCUCCAACGAGUACUCUCGCUUCCACGGCUACGCGUACGACGGCAUCUGGGCGCUGGCGCUCUCCAUCCACGCGGUCAUCGUGCGGCUGCGGGCCAACGACACGCGCAUCUCGGAGUUCGACUACCGCAAGCAGUGGUGGGGCCGCAUCUUCAAGGAGGCGCUCAACGAGACCAACUUCAUCGGCGUCACGGGCCCUGUGCGCUUCUUUCGUAACGAACGCAAGGGCCAGGUCCUCUUGAAGCAGUUUCAAAAGGGAAAUCAAGAGGUGAAGAUCGGCGAGUACGACUGUCUCACAGAGACCCUGGACUUAACCAGGGGCUUUCCCAUCAUCUGGCGUGGCGGCUCUGACCCUCCCAUGGACCGGACGCUGAUUGUGAUUCAGAGGACGCGCGUCAACCUCACCAUCUACGCUAGCCUGUGCAUCUUCUGUGUCCUAGGGAUCAUACUCGCCUCGGUGUUUCUCGUCAUAAACAUCAAGUUCAGGAACCAGAGGUACAUCAAGAUGUCGAGCCCGUACCUAAACAACCUCAUCAUCGUGGGCUGCAUCCUCACCUACACCAGCGUCAUCCUUCUGGGAAUGGACUCUGGUUUCACCUCGGUCGCCAACUUUCCAUACAUAUGCGCGGCUCGGGCGUGGGUCCUCAUGUCAGGCUUCACGCUUGCGUUUGGCGCCAUGUUCAGCAAGACGUGGCGAGUUCACGCAAUCUUCACGAACAUAAAGCUCAACAAGAAGGUGAUCAAGGACUACAAACUGUUCAUGGUGGUCGGGGUGUUCCUGAUGCUCGACGUCAUCAUCCUGACCACGUGGCAGAUCGUGGAUCCCUUCUACCGCGAGGCGCGCCGCGGACAACCUGUGACCAGCAACGAGGACGUGUCGGUCAUUCCAGAGAUGGAGUUCUGCCAGAGCCAUAAGAUGACCAUCUUCCUGGGCUCAAUAUACGCUUACAAAGGACUGCUCAUGGCGUUCGGCUGCUUCCUGGCGUGGGAGACCCGCCACGUGAGCAUACCGGCGCUCAACGACUCCAAGUACGUGGGCAUGAGCGUGUACAACGUGGUCAUCAUGUGCACCAUCGGCGCGGCCAUCUCGUUCGUGCUGCGCGACCAGCAGGACGCCGCGUUCAUCAUCAUCUCAGUGUUCAUCAUCUUCUGUUCCACCACCACGCUCUGCCUCGUGUUUGUACCCAAGCUUGUGGAGCUUCGGCGCAACCCGCAGGCCGGCGAACACCGCGUUCGGGCCACCCUGAAGCCGCCGAAGCCGAGGCGUGAUUCGGACGACGAAAGCCUCUUCACCAGGAUCAAAGUACUGCAGGACGAGAACAUGCGCUGCAGGCAGCGACUAGAAGAAAAAAACAUUGAAUUGCAGUCAUUAUUGUUGAAACUAAAAGACGUAGAGCCGGUGAUAGUCGUCACGCAUGACGCCAUUACAACCAUUCCAGAAGUCAGCUCACCUUCCCAACUCGAAACCUCAGAGCGUGCAGAAAAUAGCAAAGAGGAUACGACGUCAAUCAUCUCCAUCAGGUCUGUUACUGAAGAGGACAGCUUCAUGGAGAUAUCGGUGGAAAGGAAGCACUCGACGGCGUCGCUUCAGGGCAGCCCGGCCGCCAUGAAUCGCGGCGGAGGAGCCAGCCGGCAGCAGCGCAGAGCUAGCGUCCAGUUGCGCCUCACGCAGCAGCAGCACCACCACCAGCACCACCAGCAGCCCACGGCGCCAUGCGGCGGCAGGGAGUCGCACCACCGCACCCUCGCCAACGGGCUCGCCCUGCACGCCGACAGGGCCGCCUCCUCGGACGUUGUUCCUCUUCCUCCCCACUCAACAUCGGCUUCCCACUGCCACACCCCCCGUGUGCCAGCAGCCCCGGAGGCGAGCCCUUACCAGCACCACCAACAACAGCACCAGCAGCAGCAGAUGAGCGUGCGGCGGCGUGCCAAGAGCCUCGGGGCCCUGCGCGGUCCCGAGCAGCCGUCGUCAUCCUCACAACACCACCAGGCGUCGGGCACGUCCCCGUCGGGCACCGCCACGGUGUCUCUAAUCGAACCCGACGGCGCUCCGCUGCUGCCGUUCCUCUUCAGCCGUAUGGUGCAGGACAGGACUGCGCUCUACUCCAGCUACCCAUCCAUCAAGUGUGAUAUCGUCGAGUACUUAUGAGGAACGCUUCUAGCCUUCGCUUCCUCGUCUCGCAAGCUCAAAAUGUGAAAAACCAAAAGGGCAGGGGGUGAAGGGUCCUGUCCAGCCCCCCGCCGUCCACUCGGCAAUAUGCAACGUGCUUCGCGUUCCCGCUCUACGUGUGCCGUGUCGUGGUGGUAGUGGUGGUGGUGGUUCUCACCCACUGCUGCCACGCCUCUGAUGAACUUACGGCAGCGGAGGGAUGAUGCCCCGGGUACGGAGAGGAGUCGCGGAAUUGUGUUGUCGUCGCCAUCGCCCCCUCGAUGCAGGGAGGCCUGUGUUCUUCGGCUGUGGUGCUUGCUGCAUUGCCGGGCGCCAGAGUGUAUAGUAGUGGUGUUAGUGUUUGUAAGGAGUUCUCGCCAACAGAGGACGAAGAACAGGUGCUCAAGGGCGGGAGGUCAUGGCAGGUGGGGCGUAUAUACGGAGGAGACGCUGCUGUGGCGAGCGGUGAAUUUGAGUAAGGGCGAGUGUCCGCAAAGGUCUGGUGUGGUGUCACACGGUCGAAUGGAGGAGAAUUGGCUAUGGUGUUGUAAACUCGGCAGUUUGCAGGCCUGUGGAAUACCACAAAGUCUCACUUCUCGAGAAACCCGAGGUGGGGACGACUGGACAGCGCUACAGCGUUGAAAGUAAUUGCAAGGUUGAAUGGAGUGAUUUCGAAAGAGACCAUCAUGGAGCUUUGUCCGAAGCUUAAGACUGCCCUUAGUGAUGAUUUUAUCUGAGAGUAGGCCUUACAAGCAGUUUUUUUCUCUAAAAUUGAGAGAGACAGGAGGAGAGGCAAGGACACCUAUGGUCCAAACGUUUUUUAACAGACUGAUGAUCUUCUCAUUCCUUGAUUUGUCACGUUGCUUUUGCGCUGUUUAGCAAGUUCCAUUGUUUUUGCUUUCGUAUCCGCCUACUUCAACUGGUCAUUUUUACUAUAGCACUCCUGUUACAAUACUUCAGAAGGACAAGUGUCACGGUAAUGUCUAGCGUUUAAAAAAACAAUUUUACGUGCUCGGCUACUAUGUCAUCCCGCUUGAAUAUUACGCAUAACGCAAGUUUAAGAACAUUUGGCCAAUGAUGAUCUAAAACAAUCUCACACUGCAUCACGGAAACAAUCAAAAUCAUCAUCACAACACUACGUAAGCAAUGUGACCACUUCACUUAAGAGCACAAACGCCCUUGUGAUACUGUGUAUUGUUCCAUCCGCCAGGCUUCAGCCGCCUUUGAGAGUUGUUCUCGCAAUGCCGUCUUUCUUGCAGAUGGGUCUCGUUCAUUACAGACAGGGCUAUGUCACUUGCUCGCUCUCAACAACAGCGAGAGUACGAACAAUUGUUAAUCAUAAACGCCAUUCUGCUGCCGUGCUCCUGUGCUACCAUUCUGAUAGGCGAUACCCACAUCACGAGGUAAAUUCCCUUUUGUUUCGGUUCAGACGGGUGGUUGUCUGUCGGUUUACUUGAUGGCAAUCGUUAAGACGGGUGGUUGUCCGUCAGGUUAGUUGAUGGCAGUUGUUAUAACAAGACAGUGUUCGGGAAUGGGAAACAUUGAUGCGUGUUACAAGAUGUUUGGCGGGUUGAAAGCUUUAAACAUUGAUGUGGUGAUAAUUGAGGGCGUGGUCCCGGAUGAGGAAACUCCGUUUGUUACCAGCGUUUGCAGUUGGGUAUUGCCACCGCACACAGUUCUCGAGCCGUGCUGUACCGCUUCUUUCUUUCAAACCCGGCUCGCGUAGUACUGUGCGAGGAACCGGAACUGUAGCCGUUGUUGCGGCCAUUCAUGUACAAGACCUUUGCAAUCAAUGUGUAUAACGUUGGGGAAAACUUGUGUACCAAAGCCUCGAAGAUCUUUCCUGUCACAGUCGUAACGUCCGGUCAACUUUACCCUGUCACCUAUGCCGGCGUUAGUUUUUACGAUACUGGGAUUUGUACCUAGUUCACUGUGUGCAUACAGGGAAAAAUGUAAAAAAAAAGAGUCGAUACGUUGUAGCCCGCGUCAGCGAAUCGUGUGAACCCCGGGCACUGGGCAAGCGUUCCCGCCUCUCCUCCUCACCCAGCCUUACAUCACCUCCUUCCCGAUGGCCUCACUAACUUUUUUUUGUUUUUUGCACCAACAAUGCCGGUACUCUUACCCCCGUAUUCUAGAACGCACUUUCACUCAACGCUUCACCUUCACUUGAGAAAGCCGAUGGGAGCGCCAUCUCUAGGCAGAGAAAGUCACUGCAUAACAGUGACAAUUUGCUGCUAUUCUUCAGUAGCUCAGCGUCAGUUUCAGCCGAGUAGUGGCGCAGUGCGCAACUCUGUCAAGUGAAGGGUGGAAGUCGAGUCGAGGAGCGUUUGUGAAUAUGGGGGUUAGGCUUGGGUUCACGAAACUGUCGUCAGCCGCUUAUACGAAUGAACGGUCCGCUUCACAAAGCGACCGUUUAAUCACGCGUGGUGCGCGUCGAGCUCUGCGAUAACCGAGU